AUGGCAUUAAACCGUACCUUCAAGCUCAACACAGGCUACGACAUGCCUGCCGUCGGCCUAGGAACAUGGCAAUCGAAGAAAGACGAAGUCCGCGACGCCGUCAUCGCAGCCCUGAAAUGCGGCUACCGGCACAUUGACGCGGCAGCAGUGUAUGGCAACGAACAGGAAGUGGGAGACGGGAUGAGAUUGUCUGGGGUUCCGCGGGAGGAGAUUUUCCUCACAAGCAAGCUAUGGAAUACCCACCACCAUCCCGAAAAUGUCGAAGAAGCUGUGGAUAAAUCGCUGGCUGAUUUGCAGACUGAUUAUCUGGAUCUUUAUCUUAUCCACUGGCCCGUCGCGUUCCGAUACUCAACUACCACCAUCCAGCCUGUCAAUGAACAAACGGGCCUGAUUGACGUGGUAGACGUACCAAUCAAAGAUACAUGGGCAGCGAUGGAGAAACUAGUAGAGAAAGGCAAAGUCCGCUCCAUCGGUGUGAGCAACUUUACUCGCGAGAAGAUCGAGGAGUUGUUGAAGACAGCGAAGAUUACUCCCGCAGUCAACCAGAUCGAGGCUCAUCCGUUCCUUCAGCAGAGGGAUCUUUUGGAGUGGUCGACGCAGAAAGGCAUCGUGGUAGCAGGCUACUCCCCCCUAGGCAACAACAUCUACAACAUCCCUCGCGCCGUCGACGACCCCCUCGUCAUCGAAACAGCCAAGAAAUUAAACAAAACCCCUGCGCAAGUCCUCAUCAGCUGGGCCGUCCAGCGCGGAACUGUCGUGCUCCCCAAGUCCGUCACUCCGGAGAGAAUCGAGAGUAAUUUCCAAGGUAGUCUUUCUCCCACCCACAACAUAUGUCCUCAUUGUGCUAAUAUGGACUAUUCAGAUUUCAUCCUUCCCGACGAUGCAUUCUCAACCAUUCAAUCACUGGAACGCCACCAGCGGAUGAAUUUCCCGGCUAGAAUCGGUGUCGAUAUUUUCUCAGAGGUGGGUGAGGAGAGUGUGAGGAAGAGUGCGCUUGCUUGGGCGGAGCAGCAGAGGGUGCUGAAGGCGAAGGCUUAG